AUGUCCUUGGCGUGUCCUUUUCGCCUCAAGCAAUCUAUCUAUCUAUCUAUCUAUCUAUCUAUCUAUCUAUCUAUCUGUCACAGUUUCUUCUAUAUAUUUAUAUCUAUCUUUCUCAGUUCAAGUCUAUCUAUCUAUAUCGUCUACACAUAUCUAUAUAUCUCAUUCUACUCAUAUCUAUCUAUCUAUCUAUCUAUCUAUCUAUCUAUCUAUCUAUCAUUUUCUUCAUAUCUAUCACAUUUCUAUCUUUCUAUCUAUCUAUCUAUCAUAUUCUUCAUAUCUAUCACAGUUUCUUCAUAUCUAUCUAUCUAUCUAUCUAUCUAUCUAUCUAUCUAUCUAUCUAUCUAUCUAUCUAAGUUCUUAAAUAUCUAUCUAUCUCUCUAUCUAUCUCAUUCUACACAUAUCUGUCUCUCUCAGUCUAUCCAUAUUUAUUUAUCUCAUUCCAAUCAUAUCUAUCUAUCUAUCUAUCUAUCUAUCUAUCCAUGUUUUAUCAUAUCUAUCUAUCUAUCUAUCUAUCUAUCUAUCUAUCUAUCUAUCUAUCUAUCUAUCUAUCUAAUGUCAUCCUAUCUAUCUAUCUAUCUAUCUAUCUAUCUAUCUAUCUAUCUAUGUAUCUAUCUAUCUAAUGUCGUAUCUAUCUAUCUAUCUACCUAUCUAUCUAUCUAUCUGCCUAAAAGCUAG